AUGUUCACUCCAGAGAAUGUGAAGAAACAAGUGAAAGCUUCGCUUAAAACCGUUCCAAUAGGUACAUCGCCAGCUGAAGUUCAAAAUGGACUUGAUUUUUACAAGCAAUUCGCAGAGCAAGGCCAACGUAUCCUACUCGCCAUCUAUCUGCUUGCCGAUACUUUUGACGAUGAGCAAACGUUCCGUGCUUACGUGCGUGAAGUGGUGAGCAGACAUCGCGACUUUCAAAUGGAUCCCGUAGUGUGGUCGGACUUUUUUACGGUGUUCGUUGAGUUUCUGGAAUUUCGCGAAGUUCUAACUGAUGAGCAAAAAGUUGCGUGGAACCAACUGAGCAAGCAAGCACAGUUGAACGUGGGAGUGGUGGAUCUUUGUUAUAAUUUGCUUAGAAGAAUUUUUGGCUUUCCAGAAAUAAGCUUCUUUACAAAUCAUCCUGAUCUUCGUGUUUAUUUCAAAGGAGCAGAAAACUAUACCGCUGAUGACGUUCAGAAAAGUGAGAGAUUUGAAAAACUCGGCAGAGGAAUUUUACUCGCCAUCCACAUACUCGCCGAUAGCUUUGAUGAUGAAGCAACAUUUCGUGCGUACGUACGCGACACCAUGGAUAGACACGUGGCUUUGAAAAUCGAUCCAGCACUUUGGAGCAAGUUUUUCGGCAUUUUCGUGAGCUUUUUGGAAUCUCGUGGUGCUGUGAGCGGUGAUCAGAAAGCUGCAUGGAAGCAACUUGGCGACAUGUUCAACGAGGAAAGUCAGAGCCAUUUGAGGGCAUGUGGCCAACCACACGCUUAA